AUGACGGAGCGGACUCCUCUCCUGCACUACCGGCUCUCAAGUACCUCCGGCAACGAGUCGACGCACCACCGGCCGCCGUCAGCCUGUCAAAAUGUGGAUCAUUACGCGUCGAGUUCCAGGCGGAAGUCGACACACCACAAGCAGCCCCAGAAACUCUCCACCUUUUUCGGUGUGGUGAUUCCCACCUUACUGUCUAUGUUCAGCGUGGUGGUCUUUCUAAGGAUCGGUUUCCUGGUGGGUCAGUGUGGGCUCUACCAGGCCAUAGCCAUGUUCUUGGUUGCCUACUUCAUCAUCAGUAUGACCGUGCUCUCUGUCUGUGCCAUCUCCACCAAUGGAGCGCUUGACGCUGGAGGAGCCUAUUACAUGAUCAGCAGAGCAUUGGGACCAGAGUUCGGUGGCAGUAUAGGCAUCAUGUUCUUCUUGGCUAAUGUGUGUGGCAGUGCCCUCUAUGUGCUGGGUCUCGUUGAAGCCAUUGUAGCCACCUUUGGAGUACCAGAAGAUGGAGCCACCAUGACAUUACCCUAUCAGGUGCUGCCGUCGGGUUACUGGUGGUCAUUGCUCUAUGCCACCACUAUUGCCCUGCUAUGCCUGUUGGUAUGCCUGGUGGGUGCCCACAUUUAUGCCAAGGCCACUUUCCUCAUCUUCCUAGUCGUCAUGUUUGUCAUGGCUACUAUCUUUGUCAGCUUCUUUGCGGUACGACCCCGCACCAUUGUCUUACCCGGCCCUGCCGCACCCUCCCCAGUUGGUAAUGGCACAGGUCCUGGGCCGCCAACCUCAGCCAAUUUUACCGGUUUCAAGUUGGACACGCUGUUGGGGAACCUACAGGCUGAUUACACCGUGGAUUACACAACGGGAACCAUGAUGACCUUUGCCACUGUUUUUGCCGUCAUGUUCAAUGGUUGCACUGGUAUCAUGGCUGGAUCAAACAUGUCAGGGGAUUUGAAAAACCCCAGCUACUCCAUUCCCCGUGGUACCAUCACUGCUGUGAUCUUCACCUUCAUCAUCUACAACCUUCUCAGCCUGCUUGUGGCUUGCUCAUGUGACCGUGUCCUGCUUCAGAGGGACUACAGUUUCCUGAGGGACAUCAACGUAUGGAACCCCUUCGUCACCGUUGGGGUCUAUUCCUCCACCCUGUCGGCUGCCAUGUGUAACCUCAUUGGGGCCUCACGCAUCCUCUACGCCCUGGCCAGGGACGACUUAUUUGGUAAGGUGCUGUCUCUGGCCAAGAGGACGUCGCACAGCGGUAACCCCUGGGCCUCGGUGCUUAUCUCCUGGUUUCUAGUGCAGUUGGUGUUGUUUUCGGGUAAGCUCAACACCAUAGCCAGCAUUGUGACGAUUUUCUUCCUGUUGGUCUAUGCUGCGGUGGACUUGGCUUGCCUUGCCCUGGAAUGGGCCUCCGCACCAAACUUCAGGCCCACGUUUCGUUACUUCACCUGGCAUACAUGUGUGCUGGGCAUUGUGGGCUGUGCCAUCAUGAUGUUCCUCAUCAACGCCAUCUACGCUUCAGCCAGCAUCGCCUUCAUGCUCCUGCUGCUUCUGCUCAUCCACUACCUUAGCCCUACAUCCAGCUGGGGCUACAUCAGCCAAGCUCUCAUCUUCCACCAGGUACGUAAGUACCUUUUGAUGUUGGACGUUCGUAAGGACCAUGUUAAGUUCUGGAGGCCUCAGGUCCUGCUGAUGGUGUCCAAUCCUCGCAGCAAUGUGGGCCUCAUCACCUUCAUCAACGACAUCAAAAAGAGUGGCCUAUACGUAUUGGGACACGUCCAGCUUGGAGAUCUCAACACCUUACCGUCUGAUCCGCUUCAAUCCCAGUAUGACUCCUGGCUGUCUCUGGUGGACCAUCUGAACAUCAAGGCCUUCGUCAACCUGACCCUGGCAGACUCGGUGCGUCACGGGGUACAGCAUCUUCUCUUCAUCUCCGGACUGGGUGGGAUGCGUCCUAACACCCUAGUCUUGGGUUUCUAUGAUGACUGUACUCCACAGGACAAACUGGUGGACCCAUCCCUCUCCACAGCCAGGUCCCCUGACCCAUCUGGUUCUUGUGCAGACCCAGAGCAAGAACCCCCUCUCUUCCACUUUGCCCCUCUACGGGGGACGGCAGAUGGGAAGGAAUCGGGUGAAUUGGGCGAUGGAAAAGUCCUGGGACCUCAGGAGUACGUUGCGGUCAUUGCGGAUGCCAUGAAGAUGCUGAAAAAUGUGGCACUGGCUCGCUACUUCAACCAAUUUGACCGUGCCCAAGCACUAUCCCCACCCACCUCUUCCCCAGGGAAAGGUGCCGUGUACGUAGAUGUCUGGCCACUGAAUCUGUUGCGCCCAGACAGCUGUAACUAUGUGGAUACCUGCUCACUGUUCCUACUGCAACUGGCAUGUAUUCUCAACAUGGUUCGUGCCUGGCGCAAAGCCAGGCUCCGCCUCUUCCUGUGUGUGGAGGAAGGGCAGAGUGUGAGGGGUUCAGAGGAUAAGUUGGACCAGCUCUUGAAAGAGCUGAGAAUAAAAGCCAACGUCUAUGCUGUGCCCUGGGAUCAACAGGUGGCACUGCACUGGCAGCGCCAAGGUGAGUUGGGCAGGAAACAGAACAUCGAACAAGGGGAGAGGAGAAGAGAGGAGGAGGAGGAAGAGGAGAAUGAAGAUGAUUAUGUCAACAGCUUCCCCAGUAAUGCUACACGCCUGUCGGAUGAAUACCUUGCAGCUGUCAAUAGGCUGAUCCUUGAGCAGGCCUGCCCCCCGCCAGCUGUUCGUUUCCUGUAUUUGCCCCGCCCACCUGCUGACACGCGUCGCUAUACCACCUAUCUACGUCAACUGGACCUGCUGACACAAGGCUUGGGGCCCACGAUGCUCAUCCACGGGGUCACUCCUGUCAUCACUACUGACCUUUAA